AUGUCUUCAAAAAAUGAAGUCCACGAAACAACUGAGCAUCUAGAGCAGCGCUGGUUCUUGAUAGAUCUUGAGGCUGCCAUUGAGGCCCUUGAUGAGCACAGAUUUGAUGCGACACGACUCAAGAAAUUGAACGUUAACCUCUGCCACAUGGCUCUCGAUCAAAACUCAGAGCUCAAGCCCCGCUUCUUCUCACCAACACCUAACCUCCCGCAACCCAGCGAGAUACUCGAUCAGGCUAGUUCACCUGAUGGUCCUACUCAUUCAGAUCCAUAUUCUCGUGCAUACACUAUUCACACUUCGUGGAACUCGUAUACCUUCCACGACGUGUGUCUCGAUUAUACCGAUCCGUGGCGUUCGAAAGCGCAAGUUGACCGUUAUUUCGAGCUAUAUCGCUCUAUCUAUUCAUUUUAG